GUGCAGGGAGGUGGCUUGUUCAACCGGGACGCGCCCCUCGUGGGCUCAGCCUCGCCCGCUGAGUUCUCCUGCAUGCAGGCGUCGCCUCACGGAAGUUUGGGCCUCGGGGAGCCUGCCUGGGAGGCGGCGGUUGGAGAGGCCCUUGAGGGAGGAGGGGCCCCUUACCGGACACAGUAGGAAUUUGAUGAUAGCACGGUGGUCAAUCUUGUUUCUCCUGAGGGUGCUCUUCUGAAGAUACGUGGGCUGCCUCCAGAGUCUCAGUUCUUGGGCUGCUAGAAGAGGAUUUCACCCUGUUGCCCAGGCUGGAGUGUGGUAGCAUGAACAUGGUUUACUGCAGUCUCGACCUCCUGGACUCAAGCGAUCCUCCCACCUCAGCCUCCUGAGUAGCUGCGGCUUCAGGCACAUGCCACCAUGGUUGGCUAAUAUUUAAAUUUUUUGUAGAGACCUAGAGUCCCACCAUGUUACCUAGUCUGUUCUCAAAUCCCAGGACUCAAGCAGUCAUCUGUGGUGGCCUCCCAAAGUGCUGGGAUUACAGGCAUUAGCCCCUGUACCCAACCCAGAAGCCUGACGAUUUCCUUUUCCUUCUUGAAAGAAGGGUGUGGGUAUGGAAAAAAUACCCCCAUGCACAAAACCUUAAUUAUCAUAGGUUCAUUUGGUUUACUCAAAUUGUUGAGUUGUGCCAUGGACUGAGGACUCUUCUAGGUCCUAGGAAUACAGUAAACAAAUCAGAUAAAAUCAAUUUCUAAAUGAGUUUCCCUAAAGUGACAGACCUAUAUACACUUCUGGUUUAGGGACAAAGAAUCUACCUGUCAAAGAUCUUUGUCUAAAUAAAAAUGUCAAUUCUAUAAUUUUGUCCAUUAAAACUGAGUUCUAUUGAUGUACAGUAUUGACAGAGAAGACUUGCAUUUGAUGGUUAACUACCUAGUCUUCAAAAAGUGAGAACUUUAAAAAUAUUAGUGUAAUAAAUUGUUUCGUGAUUUGUCGUGAUUCUUAAAGUCCCCAAGCGUGUAUCUUUUGUAUUUACACUAUAUGUUAUUUUGUUAUUUAUAUUAAAUUCAUUAUAAAAAUUGUCCAGGAGAGUACCGUAUCUAAUAUUAAUAGUUAGUGCCUCACUCCAAACUUGGGAAUGCAGUUCAUGGUUCUUCCUUUGUCACUUGACCCCAUUCAAGUGUUAGAUAGAAUAAACUAUCAUAGAUGACAAUAUGGACUUUAGGGAGGGAGGUUAAACUGGAAGUAAUCAAAUGAACAUCUGUUUCUUUUAAGUUCCAGGGUACAUGCACAGGAUGUGCAGGUUUGUUACAUAGGUAACAUAUGCUGUACCUAUCAACCCAUCACCUAAGUAUUAAGCCCGGCAUGCAUUAGCUCUUUUUCCUAAUGCUCUCCUUGCUGUCCUCCCCCGACAGGUCCCAGUGUGUGUUCCCCACUCUGUGUCCAUAUGUUCUCAUUGAAAUGAACAUGUGUUUCAAAGUCACAUAUACACCUUUAACUUCAAAAAAUUCCUUGGUAGGGUAGCAGCCAAAUUGUCAGUCCUGUAAGGUUAUUCUUGUAAACAAGUUACAGAAGAAAUUUAUAUAUAACACGCGUGUUUCACAGGGAAAUGAUUUUUCUGUCCCAAAAAGUUAACUUAAAAAAGUAGCAAGUAGUACAUUAAAUUUAAUUUGACAGCCAUGUGUUUUUACUGGUUGGUUCUCUUCAGUUUUAAUUUUUUAAAAUAACUCAUGCCCCAUCCACCCAGAGCUCAAAGUGGUCUGAAGGAGAAGCCAGUACAAAGAAUCAGGAUGGUAUUUCUUGAAGUGGGUAAGGAUCAUUAUAUUGCAUGUCAGUACAAAUCCCAGUAAAGAUUUUGAGCUCAUUAGACCUUGCUGGGAUGCAAUGGGGAGGGUCUACAAUUUUGUAUUCACCUUUCCCCAAAUGGGUCCCUGUUUCCAGCUCUCUUACCUGAACCUGCUUCUUUGGCUACAGGGAGGACUUUGGGUGAAAUGCAUCCCUCCUGUGACUGGACUGGAGAAACAAGAACAGAAGCAUCCUGAUCUCUCCACUCUACUAUGCAGGCUUAUGUACUCAUAAAAAUGGCAGUUAUGGACCUAUCUUCCACAUGGGCUUUCACUAAACAGGACUCUGCCCAUUUCCAUCUGAGAAAUGCUGAAGAGGAAAGGAUGAUUGCUAUAUUUCUGACAACCUGGUUACAGGAACCAAUGACUUUCAAAGAUGUAGCUGUGGAGUUCACUCAGGACGAGUGGAUGAUGCUGGAUUCUGCUCAAAGAAGUCUGUACAAAGAUGUGAUGUUGGAAAACUAUAGAAAUCUCACCUCCGUGGAAUAUCAAUUGUGCAGACUUACUGUGAUCUCCCCAUUGGAUCAAGAAGAGAUAAGGAAUAUGGAAAAGAGAAUUCCCCGAGGCAUCUGUCCAGACCAGAAGAUUCUACCUAAAACCAAAGAAUCAACUAUGCAGAAAAUUUUAUGGGAGGAGCCAUCCAGUGCAGUGAAAAUGAUAAAAUUCACAAUGCAUAAUUGGUCCUCCACAUUAAAAGAAGACUGGGAAUUCCAUAAGAUCAGAAAACAGUGUAAGAUUCCAGGGGAACAUUGGAGGCAAGUGACAUAUGUCCCAAAGAAAACAGUAUCUCAGGAGACGUAUAAAACAGUAUUCUGUGACGAUCAUGAAUUAGAGGAAACCUCUAAACUUAGAUCAAAACUUAUUUUUUCACAGAGCAUUUUCGCCAGUAAACAUUGCCAAAAAUGUUACUCAGAGAUUGGAUGGUUGAAACACAAUUCAAUCAUAAACAAUUAUGUGAAAAAUUCUGUAAGUGAGAAGCUCUAUGAAAGUCAUGAAUGUGAUACAACUCUAUGGCAUCUUCAGAGAAAUCAAACAGUACAAAAAGAGUACACAUAUUCUAAACAUGGGAUGCACUUCACACAUAAUAUGUUUCACAUACCUAACAAUUUGCGUAUGGCACAGAAUUCCUGUGAAUGUAAUAAAAAUGAAACCCUGUGUCAUCAAUCAUCCCUUAAGAAACAAGGACAAACUCAUACUGAAAAGAAACAUGAAUGUAAUCAAUGUGGAAAAGCCUUCAAAAGUAUUUCUAAUCUUACUUUACACAAGAAAAGUCACAUGGGUGAGAAACAAUAUGAAUGUAAAGAAUGUGGUAAAGUGUUCAAUGAUUCCUCAACCUUAAGGAGACAUAUAAGAACUCACACUGGAGAGAAACCCUAUGAAUGUAAUCAGUGUGGAAAAGCUUUCAGUCAAAAACCAUCCCUUAAGGCUCACAUGAGAACUCACACUGGAGAGAAACCCUAUGAAUGUAAUCAGUGUGGAAAAUCCUUUGGCACAAGCUCUUACCUUAUAGUGCACAAGAGAAUACACACUGGAGAAAAACUUGAAUGCAGUGAAUGUGGAAAAGCCUUCAACACGAGCUCUCACCUUAAAGUUCAUAAGAAAAUUCACACCGGAGAGAAUCUUUAUGAAUGCAGUGACUGUGGGAAAGUUUUCAGUGGGCUCUCAUCCCUUAGAAUGCAUGUAAGAACUCACACUGGAGAGAAACCCUAUGAAUGUAAGGAAUGUAGGAAAGCCUUCAGUGUUUCCUCUUCCCUUAGGAGGCAUGUGAGAAUUCACACUGGAGAGAAACCCUAUGAAUGCAUUCAAUGUGGAAAAGCCUUCAGUCAGAGCUCUUCACUUAUUAUACACAAGAGAAUUCAUACUGAGAGAGAAACUCUAAGUGUUAACGAAUGUAGAAUAGCUGUUUUCAUUGUCUUAAGGUGUAUUGCAAGCUCCUUGUCUCAGUCUUUGUUCUCUAAAAUAACCAUUUAAGGUUAUAAAUGGCUCUUUCAUAAUAUAACAUUUUGUUCUAUAAAUACUAAUUACAACUGUUUUUGAUCCAUGGCUGUUUGGAAUUAGGUAUUUUUAAUAUGUGAGGUAUGUAUAUUUUCAGUUAUCUUUUUAUUGUUGGUUUCUGGGUUAAUUCCAUUGUGUUCAAAGAAUCCGGACUAUAUUUUACUGCUUUGUUGGUGUUUUUAUGAAAGUUGUUUUCUGGCCCAGUGAGGCUGCUAUUGCUAGCAGCCAACCAAACAUUGAGCUCAUCUUUCCUUACUAAUGAAUUCUAUCUUGGCCAAGAACAAUAAGGUAUGUGGUUAUAGAACUCUUUGACUUCUUGUAGCUAAGGGUAGCCAUAUCAUUCAUUCCUGCUGAUUCAAAAAUAGACAUAUCACUGAGAACAAAACUAUCUAUCUUGUCCUCUACUUUUUGCACUUCAUCUUUGUCCCUAUGACUUGGCCGUUCCUGAAGCUGCUGAAAGAGCUAUCUUGUGACCAUGAAAAUGACAACUGUGGCCAAGGGAUGAAGUAGAAGAAAGAGAUCCCUGUUCCUCAAAGAAAUCUUUAAAUAGUUGUAGCAGCCCUGCACUGCUUGUAUUUGGACAUGUUUCUCUGUGAAAAAAAUAAAGUUUUUUGUUUGUUCGUUU